AUGCAAGGAGUGAAAACUCAAAGCUCUCCUAUGAACAGUGGGUUAAGGUUGUCUUACUAUGGGAGUGAUCCGGUGGAAGAUGCUACAACCUACAUGUCUAUAGUUGGUGCUUUGCGAUAUGCAACUAUAACCAGACCUAACAUAGGUUUCAGUGUCAAUAAAGUAUGUCAGUUUAUGCAUCAACCCUUACAAUCUCAUCUUGUAGCUGUCAAAAGGAUCUCAAGGUACUUAGUAGGUACACUUGAUUAUGGUCUGCAUCUCAAGUGUCCUUCAUCUCUGCAACUUAAGGCCUUUUGUGAUGCUGACUGGGUUGCUUACCCAGAUGAUCGUCGAUCCAUAACAGGUUUUUGUAUCUUCUUAGGUGAGAAUCUUGUUGGAUGGCAAUCGAAGAAGCAAGCUACUAUAUCUAGGUCCUCCACUGAGGCUGAAUAUUGCAGCAUUCCCGCUGUUGUUACUGCAAUCAGUUGGAUCAACUCAUUGCUUUUUGAGCUACAUCAAACACCUCCUGCUACUCUCCUAGUUUGGUGUGAUAAUUUACGGUUGUUCAUCUCACAGCUAAUCCUGUUUUGCAUGCUUGCACCAAACACAUUGAAAUAG